AUGAAGUUGACAAAUCAGUCAGAGGUUCCGGUGUACACCAUCUCGGGCUCAAACACCGCUCGUCCCUUGCCCGAAUGGCUCGCCCGGCGCCGCAAACGCAGUUUGAAAGAUGAUCCCGAAUACGCAAACCGCAUUGAGCUGUUGCAAGAUUUUGAGUUUGAGGAAGCCAGCCAGUGUGUCCAAGUUAGCGAAGAUGGAGAAUGGGUCAUGAGUACAGGCACAUACAAACCUCAGAUCCAUGUCCACCAACUCUCGCAGCUUUCUCUUUCCUGGGCCCGCCACACUGUCGCGCUUAACACAAAAUUCAUCCUUCUCUCCUCCGACUAUUCUAAGUCCCUUCACCUUCAAGGCGAUCGGUCACUCGAAUUCCACACGCCUCAGGGCUGCCAUUACACCACUCGGCUUCCGCGUUACGGACGAGACAUCGUUUACGACCGGCAAUCAACAGAGGCAUUGAUUCCUUCGGUUGGUGUCAAUGAAAACGGUCUAGGUGAGGUUUUCCGCAUGAAUCUGGAGCUUGGAAGGUAUAUGCGAUCUUUCGAAAUCGAAGUUGGGGGCGAUGAUUUCACAUCCGCAGGCGGAGGUGCCUUGCAAGGCGGCAUCAAUACAGGCUCGGUCAACACUGGUGCCAUUGCGGAGGAGAGCCACAAUCUUCUCGCGUUCGGUACAUCGAUUGGCACGGUGGAGUUGUGGGAUCCCCGUGCGAAAGGUCGAGCCGGCAUUCUCAUGCCACCUACUCAUUCUGUAGGCGAUGAGACACGCUCUGAGAUUACUGCUCUUGAGUUCCACCGGAACGGUUUGACCCUCGGAACAGGUGCCUCUAAUGGAUUGAUCCAUCUUUACGAUCUUCGAUCACCUGUUCCUUUGCUGAAGAAGGAUCAAGGUUAUGGCUUCCCUAUUCACACACUCAAGUUCCUUCUGCCAUCUACAGAAACCCGGGAAGCCACCAUGGAUCCCAAGAUCAUGUCUGCCGAUAGACGAAUCAUUAAGAUUUGGGAUCCCCGCGACGGUGCUCCUUGGACGUCUGUGGAGCCAGCUGUGGAUAUCAACGACGUGGCGUGGUGCAAGGACAGUGGAAUGCUUUUGACUGCCAACGAGGGCCGCCAGCAGCAUUCCUUCUUCAUCCCUCAACUUGGUCCUGCGCCCAAGUGGUGCUCUUUCCUGGACAAUCUGGUCGAGGAGAUGGCCGAGGACCCCAACGACCCCAACGCUUUCACCAGUGCACAGGCUGGCUCUGUGUACGACAACUUCAAGUUCUUGACCGUUCCUCAGCUCCGCAGCCUCAAUUUGGAGCACCUUAUCGGUCGUACCAACCUCCUCCGCCCGUACAUGCACGGUUACUUCGUUGCUCAGCGCCUGUAUGAGGAAGCUCGCCUGAUCACCAAUCCGUUCGUCUGGGAAGAAGAACGCGCUAAGCGCGUCAAGGAGAAGAUCGAUCAGGAGCGCGAGAGCCGCAUCCGUGGCAAGAGGAAGGCCGCUGUCAAGGUCAACAAGAAGCUGGCUGAGAGACUGCUUGAUGCCGAAGAGAAGGCCGAGCGUCGCAGAGCCAAGAAGGUCCUUGAGCGCGGUGGUGAUGUCGACAUGGUCGAUGCUCCCGCCCCAGCUGCAGAGACUGCUGAUGCCGAGGCUGAGGCCACCGACAAGAAGGAGAAGAAGAAGGGUGUGCUGGGUGACAGUCGUUUCAACAAACUGUUCGAAGAUGAGGACUUUGCUGUCGACGAGAAUUCGUUCGAAUUCAAGCUCAUCAACCCUAGCACUAUUCCUGACGCUCCUCCUAAGAAGGAACGCGGAUUGACUGCCGUCGAGCAAGAGGCGAUCGACGAUGUCCCCGACUCCAGCGACGACGACGACGACUCAGAUUCCGAUGCCGAAGCCCAGAGACCCGUUCGGGAGAAGGCAUCUAACAAGAUUUCUACCGCGGACUACAAGCGCACCAAGCGUCCUCCGCCACGCAUGCAAGUCUCAUCUUCCUCCAAUACAACAUCCACACGGGAUCGAUCCUUCGGGUCCCGCGCGCAGAACAUGAAGACCAAACAAAGACCAGUCCGUCAGAAUGGCGUAACCGGUGAGCGCGAGGUGAGCUUCAUGCCCGCCUCCAAGUCAAAGAAGCAGAAGCCCGAAGUCCAGUACGACAAGACUGAAUUCAAGCGGAAAGAACGCCGCAGCGCCUCGAACAACACAUUCCGUAAAAUGUGA